AUGAAAUGGCAAGUUGGUGAUGUGUUUCGUUCGUGUGUGGAGUGGAAUUUCUAAAUAAAACGAAAAAAACACUAAUUUUAUUAUGUUCAUGUGUUCCUAUUAACUUAUAAUUACCCUAUACAAUGAAUUUCAACGCUUCCAGAAACGUUGGGCACUCUGGUGGGAUCCGGAAGGCCAAACGAGUGAGCGAUGUGUCCGCCAUGGGUGCCCCGUCGCCGGCGCCGGCCUUCAGCCCGGGGCCUGUCUAUAAUGCUCCAUAUUCACACGCCACUCCUCCACCGCCUUACCAAGAAGGAAUCCAAUUGGAAACCACACAAGACUUCGCGUCGCCUGCACCUGUCCCGAACUAUGGCUACAUGGGAGGCUUUCCGCAGACACCCAUGGCAUCUCCUGCACAGCUUGGCUCCAUGCUCCAGCAGCCCAUUGUUCAGGACAUGGCAUUCCAGUACGGCAACCAGCUGGCCGCCCAGGGCAAGGAGGUGGUCCAGCGGGAACUCAACCGAUUUGUUCCUGUCUCCAGGAUGAGGUACUACUUCGCAGUCGACACCAGAUAUGUGCUAAAGAAGCUUAUGUUGAUACUGUUCCCGUUUACACAUAAGGAGUGGAUGUUGAAAUACGACCAGGACUCGCCUGUGCAGCCUCGCUACGACAUCAACGCCCCGGACCUCUACAUACCCUCCAUGGGAUAUGUCACUUAUGUACUGUUGGCUGGGUUCAUGCUGGGUCUCCAACACCGCUUCUCCCCGGAACAGAUAGGCAUGCAAGCGUCCAGCGCAUUAGCUUACAUCAUCUUCGAGAUGAUCCUGUACCUUGUUACUCUCUACGUGACCAACACGAACACCAACCUGAAGACUCUGGACCUGCUAGCGUUCUCCGGGUACAAGUACAUAAUAAUGAUCGGAAGUCUGCUGGCUGGACUCAUUCUGGGCAGGACAGGGUACUAUUGUUCCUUGGUCUAUACCAGCUUCACAUUGUCAUACUUCUUGGUUAAGACCCUCAGGGUACAAGUGCUCGCGGGUUCUCAAGGCGGCGAGCAGCCCGCGUACGGCUACCAGGCGCCCGCUGCCUAUCCCCAGAACCCGUACGCCGAGACCUGGGCCAGGCCUUCCGGGGGCACCAAGAGGAGGCUCUACUUCCUCCUCUUCGUGGCAAUCACGCAACCUCUGCUGUCCUGGUGGCUCACAUACCACCUGGUGCCUGCCCUGGAACCUCUACCGUCGACAGUGCCCCCGAUUCGAUAGCAAAAUGUACUUACUCUUAGUGAUAUAAAAUCCUUGUAAAAUACCAGUGGUUUUAGUUCGCGAUGUUGUUGGGACACAGAUUAUAUGCUUGUGAAUGAGGUUGAGAUUUCAGUGCAAAUAUCUUGGGUUAAUUCGGUCAAGGAUGCUGAAGCAGUUUUGGACAAAAUGUAGCGGUUCUUAAAAAUAUAUACUUACACUUUAAAUUCAAAUAUGUUCAGCCAAUAGAAUUAGAUUUGUAUUGGAGAUAGAUAUGGUAAUUUUUUUUGUAAAUAUUAUAUUACGCAUCAAUUUUGUUUUUUGUAUGCAUUCAAAGUCAGUUAGAAAUAAUAUUAUGUUUGAAAAUUGAUAGUAUUUUAGCACAAACCAUCCUUAAGUUAUUUGCACUUAAAUGUAGUUAUUUGUGGUACAGAUAUUGUAUAUUUCAGAAUGUUAAAUUAAAAAAAGAUUACAUUAUAUUGAUAAAAAGUACUAGAAAUAAUUCCCCGAGGCAAACAUUCGAUGGAGUUCAUAUUAUUUGUGAGUUAAUCUUUUCCUCUCCUUAAUCUACAUCAGUGUGAGCGAUUGCUUGAAAAUGGGGUUAAAUGCUGAAACACGCACUAAUUGGUGAAAGUAAUAUGCACAGGCGGGUUGAUAUGGAAAUGUUUUUGCUAUCAAUGGGAUGUUAUACGCGUGGUGAUAAAUUUCAGAAAUAUCUGAGUAUUCAAAUAUUUUUAACCGUGCAUUUAAAUACAUUCGGUCAAUCACUCUUUUAUUAAAAAAAACAUUCUUACGCUUAACGAUCAGAUUUAAAAACAUAUUUUCUAUCCGUCUAUGUAAAAUUUUAAUUCUGCCAAUCUUUGUCUAACGCUUAAAAAAAACAAGUAAGUUAACAUAUGUACACAUGUUUGUUUUGUACAAAUUAUUAUGUCUACAAAAUGUCUUGUAAAUAAAUUAAUAGAAUAAAACCUAACAUUCUCAUUCGUAUGUGUAAUAUGUACCCUUGUCAUAUUUUUUACUUUAUUACUAUAACUGAAUAAACGAGGUUAAAUAGGUCCA